AUGGUGGAGGCUAUUGACAAACGAAGAAAGACAGAGACUCUUAAUGGUAAAAGAGGAUCUAAGGUCCUAAGCCCAUUCCGUGCAUUGGGAAAUGUCUCGAACGAAGUCCCAUUCGCCAUCGGAACUUUGGGUACCACGUUCUAUAUUGUCACUUCCGUGGGCAGAUCCUUUCAGAUUUACGAUGCCGCCAACUUGCAUUUGUUGUUUAUAUCACAGAACCAGACCUCGUCCAAAAUUACAUGCUUGGCCGCACAUUUCCAUUAUGUUUUUGCAGGCUACGGCAACAAAGUUGGAAUCUACAAAAGAGGUCGUCUUGAAGCAGAGGUUGAGAUUGAAAUUUCCAAGACAGCCACAGUCAAGCAUAUUCUAGUUUUCGGUGAGUAUAUGGCUGUAGCUUCAACAGAUGGCGAUUUGAACAUUUUCAAAAAACCUGUUGGCUCGAAGCUCCCCACAGAACACUACACCACCAUCAGAAGCAUCAAUCAAGAGUUUGAUGGCGAAAUUGUAGGCAUGAUACACCCACCUACUUACCUCAACAAAAUCGCUGUGGCUACUACACAGGGUAUCCAUAUCAUCAAUAUCCGUACGGCUAAAACCGUGUACAAAAGUCCAGAGUCUACUUUCAAAGAGCACUUGUCGUGCAUUGAGCAUGCACCAGCGUUAGACAUCGUGGCUGUUGGAACUACUGCAGGUGGUGUAUUCCUUUUCCAUUUGAAAAAGGGCAUAAUUUUGGGUGAGAGAAUCAUUGCCUCUCCAAGCGAUGUUGGCGCCAAAGUGGCAUCGCUUUCUUUUAGAACAGACGGUUCUCAUCAUUUGGUCGCUGGAUUGAGCACAGGCGAUCUUUACUUCUAUGACUUGGAGAGAAAGUCAAGAGUCCAUAUAAGCAAAAACUGUCAUGCAGAGAGUCAUGGUGGAGUAGCCAACGUGAAGUUCCUCAACGGUCAACCAAUUGUGGUGACAAACGGUGGAGAUAACAUUUUGAAGGAAUUGGUUUUUGAUCCUCCAUUGUCAACCACAAACACAGCUGUUAUCACUAUUCCCCGUCAUUUGCGUUCUCGUGGUGGCCACUCAGCUCCUCCGAUCGCCAUUAUGUUCCCUAACGAGGAAAAGUCUCAUUUCAUUUAUUCGGCCUCGAAGGACCAGAGUUUGUGGUGCUUCUCUCUUAGAAAGGACGCACAGGCGCAAGAGGUAUCUCAGAAUCCACCUAAUACGGGCUCGGCUAAGAGAAAAGCCGGUCUUGUCAAGCUGAUGCGUGAACGUUUCCCUGAGAUUACAUCUUUAUCCAUGUCGGUUGCACGCGAAGGAGAGUGGGAAAAUAUGCUUACUACGCACCAGAACGAAACUUUUGCGAGAACAUGGAACACCAAAUUUAAGCGACUCGGACGGUUCGAGCUUGCAACUGUUGAUGGUGGAUUUGCCAAAUCCGUCUGUGUUUCUCACUGUGGUAACUUCGGUUUGGUUGGUUCUUCCGAAGGUGGAAUUGGUGUGUACAACUUGCAAUCCGGAUUGUUGAGAAGAAAGUACAUGUUGCACAAGAAGAAGGCCGUUACCGGAUUAGCUAUCGACGGCAUGAACAGAAAGAUGGUCAGCUGUGGUCUUGAUGGUAUUGUUGGAUUCUACAACUUUUCUGACCUGAAGUACUUGGGAAAAUUACAACUCGAUGCUCCAAUCACAUCUAUGGUUUACCAUAAGGGUUCUGAUUUGAUUGGUUGUGCCUUAGAUGACUUGUCGAUCGUGGUUAUCGAUGUCGUCACACAAAAAAUCGUUAGAAUCUUAUAUGGACACAGCAACAGAGUAACAGGCAUGGACUUCUCUCCAGACGGCCGCUGGAUAAUCAGUGUCGGACUCGAUGGAACUAUGCGUAUUUGGGAUUUGCCGACUGGAGGAUGUAUUGACGGUGUUCGUCUUCCAAGCGUGGCCACAAGUGUCAAAUUCUCACCUAUAGGCGACUUUGUUGCUACUACUCAUGUAUCUGGAAACGGCAUCUUUUUGUGGACAAACAGAGCACAAUUUCACCCAGUAUCGACCAGACAUGUGGAGGAAAGUGAGUUCCCGACUGUUCUUUUGCCUAAUGUUUCUGGAGAUGGAGGAGCUACUAUGAUCGAGGGUGCUCUCGAUUCGAACAACGAGGAAGACUUUGAUGUCAACCAAGUUUAUCAAUCAGUGGACCAAAUCAACAAAGAGUUAACAACUUUGUCUGUUGGUCCUCGCACGAAGUACCAGACGAUUUUGCAUCUUGAUAUCAUCAAACAGAGGAACAAGCCGAAGGAAGCACCCAAGAAACCUGAACAGGCACCUUUCUUUUUGUCGCUCUCUGGAGAGGCCGUGGGAGACCGUGCCAUCGUUGCUGAGAAUGGUCUUUCGAACUCUUCAUCAUCCAAUAAUGGUCAUGAUGAUGAAAACUCCAGGCUCCUUAAAUUGAAAAACGGAGACCAUCAUAAUUUCGAAUCCGAAUUCACUCGUUUGCUUCGUGAAGGUAAUGAGGAGGAAGACUACUCUGCAUUCUUGAAAUAUUUGCUGAAUGCGUCACCCGCUACCAUUGAUCUCGAACUCAGGUCGCUAAACUCGUUCCCUCCAUUGGGAGAAAUGUCUAGCUUUGUCAAAGCACUUACGGAGGGCUUACAAACGAACGCCAACUACGAUAUUUUCCAAGCGAUUUUUGGUUUGUUCUUGAAGCAUCAUAGAGAUGUGAUUUACGCUCACCCAGAAGAGAAAGAAUUAGUCAAAGCAUUAGAAGAAUGGAGCUCAGUAAAUGCGCACCAAGGAGAGAAGUUGGACGAAUUGGUGAAAUUCUGCUCCAGCGUGGUAAACUUUGUCUCUUUAGUAUAG